GCUCCUCUUGCUUCUUCUCCCCAUCAAAGAUACGGAGCCUGUUUAGAUUUCUCGUCAUUACUCGAUUUGUGCCCUCCGAAUUCUUCGAAUUCGUCCAGUUCCCCAUCUUCAUCUUCUUAAAUCAGCUCGGUCAACUCAUGUUUUCCCCUGUUUUUCUCCCACAGCGUUGAGUCAACUCGGUCAUCGCGUAAUUGCGUCAACUGCGUGUCUUCGAAUCCGGACAGAGCAGACCUUUCAAGCUUCCGGCGGAAUCUUGGUCGGAACACGAUAUGGAUAAUUCGAAGGAGGCUCUUCUGUGUCAACUCACCGAUUUGAUUGUGGCCAUUUCUUCUUUGCCGGAGUGCAAUACGGUCUCCAGAAAGAUGUACUGUAACUUGGUGAGGAGGGUUAAGCUGUUGAGCCCUCUAUUUGAAGAUUUGAUGGAUAUUGAAGACAAGAAGCUAGGAGAUGACGCCAUUGAGGGACUUGAAUUGUUGAGACUUUCCCUUUGUUCAGCUCUAGAGCUUCUUAGAUCAGUCAAUGAAGGCAGUAAGAUUUCUCAGGCUAUGCAAAUAGACAAAAUUUCAGGCAAGUUCCACCAUAUCACAGAAGAGAUAGAAGAUGCACUAGGUCACAUUCCUUACGAUAAGCUUGACAUAUCCGAGGAAGUUCAAGAACAAAUUGAGCUUGUGCAUGCUCAAUUUCGAAGGGCGAUAACAAAGAUUGAAUUACCCGAUUUGCAACUGGAAAUUGAUUUGGCCAUGGCACAAAGAGAAAAAGAUCCUGACCCGAUAAUAUUUGAAAGACUAUCAGAAAAGUUGCAUCUCAAGACCAUAAAUGACCUUAAAAAGGAAUCACUCUCCAUCCAUGAUAUGGUCAUUUCUUCUGAAGGUAUUCCAGAGUGCUUUGAGGCAAUGUCAUAUAUUCUGAGAAAAAUAAAGGAUUGUGUUCUGAUUGGAAAUCCUGAUGACGAUGAGGCCCCUAAGAGUGAAAAAACUUUAAUUAAGCACAGAUCACAUAUCAUACCAGAUGAUUUUCGAUGUCCGAUAUCACUUGAGUUGAUGAAAGAUCCGGUUAUUGUAUCUACUGGCCAGACAUAUGAAAGGUCAUGCAUACAGAAAUGGUUGGAUGCAGGGCACAAAACCUGCCCUAAGACACAACAGACCUUGCUGCACACGGCAUUGACUCCCAACUAUGUCAUGAAGAGCCUGAUUGCAUUGUGGUGUGAGAGCAAUGGUGUUGAGCUUCCUAAAAACCAUCAAGGGAAGUGUCUGAGCAAACAGUCAGGAACGGGCGGUUUGGACUGCGAUCGUGCCGCUAUUGAUUCAUUGUUACAGAAACUUGCAAAUGGCAGUCCCGAUGAGCAAAGGGCAGCUGCGGGCGAGCUCCGUUUACUUGCAAAAAGAAAUGCGGACAACCGGGUGUGCAUUGCGGGGGCAGGCGCUAUUCCACUUCUAGUCGAACUACUCUCUUCAUCGGAUUCUAGAACACAAGAGCAUGCAGUCACUGCCCUUCUUAACUUGUCCAUAAAUGAUGGUAACAAGGGUAUUAUUGUAAAUGCGGGUGCCAUAUCUGAUAUAGUAGAGGUACUGAGGAACGGUAGCCCGGAAGCCAGAGAGAAUGCAGCGGCAACACUGUUCAGUUUAUCGGUUGUCGAUGAGAAUAAGGUGGCGAUCGGGGCAGCCGGAGCCAUCCCAGCCCUCAUUGAUUUGCUGUGCCGUGGGACCCCAAGAGGGAAAAAGGAUGCGGCGACUGCCAUAUUCAACCUCUCAAUUUACCAAGGGAACAAAGUUAGGGCAGUGCGGGCAGGGAUUGUGACACCACUCAUGAGGUUGCUCAAAGAUCCUGGAGGUGGGAUGAUAGAUGAAUCACUAGCUAUAUUGGCUAUACUUGGGAGCCAUCAAGAGGGGAAAGUGGCCAUUAGUCAAGCUGAGCCGGUCCCGGUUUUGGUCGAGGUGAUUAGGACCGGUUCCCCACGGAACCGGGAGAAUGCCGCGGCUAUUUUGUGGGCCCUCUGCACGGGUGGUGGUGGUGACUCGCCGAACCUGAAAGCCGCUAGGGAUCUUGGGGCGGAAGAGGUACUGAAAGGGCUGUCUGAGAAUGGGACUGAUAGGGCCAAGAGAAAAGCGAGCGCCGUUUUGGAGCUUCUCCAGCGAGUUGAUACUCCAUAGUUUGGGCACCACAAAUCCCUCUUUUGCUUUCAAGAGGUAUGUAUAUGUAUGGUAUGUGUGCCAUGGUAACUGAAAGUUUGAAAUUCACGCUGGUUAAAGAAUGUUUUCUGUACAUACGGUUGAAUAGCACAUAAUCGAAGCCUUGCUUACUGCAACAUCACAAGCUGUAUAUUCAAAGGGUUUCUUGAAUUUGAAACGAUUUUUGUAUGUAUGCUACAACUUCUGUCCGACAAUAGUUUUUUAAAGAGUAAAUUCCAUAAUUAAUC